AUGGCACUGCUGGCCUCCUUCCACGGUGAGCGCUUCCCAUGCCAGGAAUCAAGGGGUGUGGGUCCUGGCACCUACAGCCCGCGCUUUCCAAAGAGUCGAAGCUGUAGCAUGGGCGUCGGCAGUCGGCCUGAAGCCAUGGAUGCAGGCGAUAUGCCAGGUCCCGGGCAGUAUGCAGUGCAACGCAUGGCCAGUGAUUCCAUGCCAAAUGUGACCAGAAGCGCCUUUCGUUCGACCACGUCGCGCUGCGACCCCGACAAUUUCAGAGAACCGACCUUCGUUCCAGGUUCGGGCUGGUACAUGCCUUCAACGAUCUUGGACAAUCCGGGCCCCGGUCCUGACAUCACCAAGCCCAUUGAGAUUCGCCCCUUCACAGGUGGGAUCUACGAACGUAGCAGACCUGGCAAGCUGGAGUGGAAAGCGGAGCGGGCGGUCCAAGCGGUGAAAGACGGGGUGAGACUUCCGACCACGACGGCCCCGGCCAUCAAGCCCGUUCGGGCCCGUGGCGAGUGGAACUUUACGGGUGAGUCUGGAGACACCCCAGACCCGGGGGAGUACUGCCCGGACUAUUUCACCAUCGGCAAGAAUAAGCCCGUGACCAACUUUGAUGCCGCCUGCGAACGGCAAAGCCCAGGUCACAAGGGCAUGGCUAAGAAUCCGGGGCCCGGAGCCUAUGACCACGAGCCCCCUGAGCUGCCAAUCUGUCAGCGCCUGCCGGGAGGCACCGGGGGCGGCCCUGCCGUGGCCGUCCGCCCGGCCUUUGGCUCCGACGUGCCGCAGAGCUCCACGACCUUUUCCUCCAGCAGGCUGCCCUUAGCCUUCUUUUCCAGCUCUUGGUCGCCGGCGUUGCUCCCGGGACCCGGAACCUACGACCCUUCCACCAGCGAUUCCAAGCAGCCCUUGUCAGGUUUCAAAUCCGCCACCGAUCGUUUCGCAGACCUGGACAACUUGCACGGCCCCGGUCCUGGCAGCUACGGCAGCGGCGCGUCAAGCUUCCUGGGAGAGAAGCGACGCCGGGCGCGGAGCGUGCCGGACUUCAUGUCCAGGAAAUACUUCGGAGUGCAUCCGCAGCAACUUCGAUCCCUCCGAGAGACCGAUGGUGUCCGACUGGCUGGCUUCGACUGCAGUGGCCCACAGAGGCCUUCCGUGCCCAGCAACUCCGGUGCUGCGCCGGGCAGUUACAACCCGGAGGAAUGCAUGUGCCAAUCCAUCAGCGCCAAGGUGCGUCAGUGCGCCAAGAUCGCUCAGGGCGGCGCGUUUGGCGGCAGCAAGACUGGGGAGCGCUUUGCGGAGGUACAAGCAGGUGACCGGCGUGCGGCUUCGUCGCCAGGACCCGCCCUGGCACAUCAGGAGGCCAAGGCCUCUGGCGAUGCUACCGGAGGAGCCUUCAGGUCCCAAGCACCGCAAAGACCCGCGGCCGGAGAAGCCGCGGGGUCGGCCGGGGAGGCGAGGCCAGGGCCCGGCACUUAUGAUGUGCUCAGCCAGCCGGACUACCGGAAGGGCUGGAGGAUCGCCAAGACGGAUCACGUGAGCUUCGGCAGCUCCGCGCAGCGCUUCGGGGACGACAGCAGCGAGGUGCCGCCGCCGGGGGCCUACGACGUGGAGGCCGAGGUCUACCAAGGCUGCUAUUCGUUCAAAGCCACGGCGCAGCGUGGCUUGCCAAUGCCGAAGGUGACCUCCCAGGGGCUGGACCCGGGGAUGUACAACACUGCUGGCAGUCUGCUGCGCAAGUCCUUCAACACGAAGGUGGAGGAAACAGCAUUCUUGCUGCAAAUCCACGAGAAAAGGCUUCCUCCCAGAGGCCCCUUUCCUUGGGCCGAAGGUUCCACUUGGCGGCCUCGACAGCUCCUUGCUUUAGAGGCCAAGGAGGAACAGCCACCAAAUCCUGAAGAGGGUGAGAACUGGUGGAUUGGUGAGACCGCUGCGGCCGCUGCGCGUCCCCUUCUGGGUGUUCUGGGCUCCGUGUGCGAUGUGACGGCCCAGCGCGACCUGGCACUGGGGAAUGAAUGGGAUGUCUCCCGGCAGGGUCAAGUGGCACCAGAUUAUGAGCGAUGGAUUCUGCAGGUCCCCAGGGUGGGACAGGCGCUGAACAAUGCCAACGGCCCACAUUGGAUGCCAUACCUGGACAGAGAGCCCUUGAAAUGCUCCGCCUCCGCCUCGGCCAUCACUGGCCUCAUGCAGCAGUUCCUGUCUGUGAUGGAGGAGUCGCAGCGCAGGCCGCCAGUGAACCCUGCUGCCAUGCCCUCGCGGAUUCCGCCACCCAAGGCCUCUCCAGUGAAGCGCCCCUGCUGGCAGGAGUCCAGUCCAGGGCCGGCCGCGUCAAGGAUUCCUCCUUUCGUGCAGGCCUCGCCCGCCAAGCGCCCUUGCUGGCAGGAGUCGAGCCCAGUGGCUGAGAAUCCACCAUGCAGUCCAGGGCCAGCUUCUGUGUCAAGGAUUCCUCCUUUCGUGCAGGCCUCACCCGCCAAGCGGCCCUGCUGGCAGGAGUCGAGUCCGGUGGCAGAGAGUCCAGCAUGUAGUCCAGGCAUAACUACUGCACCAAAGGACUUACCAUCCUCGGGCAAGCGAAUCCGAACGCAGGACGCUGCAAGCCCCAUCUCCGAACGCAUUGCACAGGCGCCUUCUCCCAUCCGUGCCCUGCACUUUGGUCCAGCGAAAGGAGAGGUUGAGGAUGUCGCUCCUGUAUUCCCAGGUGCAACCGAGACAGUGCCUGAAGACCUGCGGCAGGUGGAGCCGUGCGAGGAAACUUUGAGUCGCGAGAGGGCUGAGAGGCCAACCCUGGUCUUCAUGCCGAGCGCGAAACCCGGGACGCCUGGUGCGGCGCCAUUGGCGGCACCAGCGGCCUUCGCACAGGAUAGCAUCAUUGAGCCCACGGAAGAGGUCCAUGUUCCACGUCCUGCUGAGUGGCAUUCCAAGGCUCUCUUUGAAAAGCCCCCGGAUUCGCCUUUGCGAAGACCCAAAGCGGCACCUGCAAGGCCAAAGCCUGUGGCAGAGCUGCCUCAGGCGAGCCCGGAACGGAAAGAGCUCACACCUAUGAAGGUAGCAGAUCGCAUCAUGAUGUUUGAGAAGAUCAUCUCCCCGAGUGUGCGCUGCGUGGCGGGUGGAGUGGCCAUGUCAUCAUCGGCUCGCCUGGGACAGGCCUUGGGAAGCGCCCGAGGUAGCGCCACCUGCAGCAACGAGCGCAGCUCAGGACGAGCCGUUGAUGGGAGCUCUCUCUUCACUCCAGUGCAGCAACCAUGGGCCCGGCCGGAUGUGAAACCCAAGGAGCUCUUUCGCAGUACCUCCGACCUUGCGCUGAAGCCACGCAGCAAACCCACAGAGAUCCCACGGCCAAGAGCCAAGUUGGCGGCGCCGCCACGGAAGCCGCCAGGUGGACAUCACCACGGCGCUCCUAUUCCUAGAGGAGCAGACAAGGAGAAUGCGGAUAGCAGAGAAGCUUUGGAUAGACAUGGCAUCUCCAAUUUGCCCCAGAAACGCGAAGCCUUGAAGCCCCGAUUGAAAGUGCUGGAGGCCACUCCCGUAGUGGAGCUGAAGCGAGCGACGCCGCAGCCGAUGUACAAAGAUCCUGCACUGGAGAUCCGUGCCAUGACGUUGCCGCCCAAGAAACCAGAGGACAACUACGCCAUCUCCGAGUAUGGUGGUGACUCUGAAGGUGAAGAUGCGGCAGAAAGGGACAAGAUGAGACAGAAAAAAGCAGUGCCCAAGUGGUGUGAGGACUAUUUCUCAGGCGUUCAGCAGCAGCAGGGCAUUGAUCCAGAUUCCAUCUUUGGACGUGUGCCCAGAUGCGUCAUGGAUGAUGUUUUUCCUGAGUCCUUGUACCAGCAGGUGGGUCGCAAGCGCCCGGCGCGGCGCCGCGGCUCUAGCGGCGAUUGGAAGCGCGAUCGCCUCACGCGAAAUGAGAUCCGCAGCUACAAGCAGAGGAUGGGCCAAGAGAGAAGACACGAUGUGGAUGGCUCACAGUGCAAAAAAAAGUCAAGUUGGGACGAGCCGGAGAUGUCGCCUCCAGCAUAGCUUGAGGCCGCUUCUGGUUCCCCUGAGUGCAGCUUAAUUAGACACUUUGAUGAUGUUUGAUGUGUCUGAAGUUCAUCGCCCCACGCGCAGUGAAAAC